AUUCCAGAAUAGAAGAUCAAAGAAACUUGAAAGUAAGAGAAAUAGUAAAAACAAGCACAAAAGAAAAUUUACAAAACAAAAGAAAAAGUAAUUAUUGUAACUCAGUCGACAGCUCCCAAACGUAUAAUGGAGCUGCAAUCUGUAAAAUUACAUCAAACGUUUAAAGAGGUUUAAAAAUUGUCAACAGUAAAAUUUUAAAUAAACGAAAAAAGCAAAUUAUCAAUAAAUCAAUAAAAAAAUACUUUCUCUGGCGAAGUUUAAGUAAAAAUUAAAUUGCACAAAUUUAAUACUGCAAAGUAAAAUUAUUACAGUUCAAAAGUUCAGAAUGACAAGCAGCGAUAAAAUUCCGCUUAAACAGGCGGAAGUCUCCGUGCGACGAUUUAAUGACCUUGCGAUACCACACCACUUGGGUUUGCUGAAAAAUCAUCGUAGCAACAUAGAGAAGAGCCUUGCACUGGGCGAUUGGAAUAAAAUAAAAAAGGAGGAAAUCAAUGCCACCCGUGUCAUAAAGCAAAUGAAAAAUCUCAUGCUGGAAAUGGAUGCAUUGCGUGAGAAGGUGCGUGAAGAUGACUUGGAACGUUUCGAUGCAAUGAUGGAAAUUGGUAAACAGAAGGCAUUCGAUGGCAUGCGGGAGUAUUUAGAAUUGGAACUAAAAUCGCCCACCUCUACGCUACGUUCACAAGGCCUAGAAGAUGAUGAUAUAACGGCUGACCUAUUAACGCAACCAGUUGAAAUAGGCAGCACAUUGGCACACAGAGGCACUAUACCCGAAAUUGAAUCCAAUUUUCAACAACAAGAAUACCAAUUACAACAGCGACAAUCUUGUCUGGAUGAGCUGGAACAUUUACAGCAUGAAAUACGUGAUUUAAAUGGCAUGUUCCACGACAUGCGUGAGCUAGUGCAAGUGCAGGCUGAGAGUGUACAAGUGAUAGCAGAUAAUGCUGAAGAAGCACUGGAACAGGUACAAGCUGGUGAAAGAGACUUACGACGUGCGCUUACCUAUAAAAAAGCAAUGUAUCCUGUGGUAGGAGCUGUGUUAGGUACAUUUGUUGGUGGACCUAUUGGUUUAGUGGCAGGCCUCAAAGCAGGCGGUUUGGCAGCUGUGGGUUGUGGUAUACUUGGUUUUACUGGUGGCUCUGUGCUGAAGAGUAAUCCAUCUAUUAUGCAAGGAAAUGUUGAGGAACAGCAAGUUACAGUUGAAAUGGAAAUGGAAAAAAAAGAUGAAUGACCAGAAGAUAGUGGUGAGAAAACUGCAAUUACAUUGUGGUCUGCAAAUAUGCAACAUUUAACGCGUUUACAAAGAGGUGCUGCGGUACGUUUGGAUCCAGUGGCACAAGCAACCACAGAUGUUUUAUGCAGUGUACGUAAUUAUUGUUCCAUUCAAUAAAAUAACUAAUUUAUUUAUAUAAACAUAUUUUAAUGUAAACUACAGCUAAUGUACAAUAUUCUUUAUUUUUAUAACGACUUACACACCAAAUUAGUUUUAAUCCUUGGCGGUCAGUCGCAAAAUGUAUUAUUGUCAAUAUAGUAAAUAAUUUUUUUAUAUAUAUAUACCAUAUGUCUAUGUGUACAAUGAUUAUUCUUUAAGGUUUGAGAUU